GCGCGAUAAUUCAACCUCUAAAGAACAUCCGUUUUCCUUUGAGAUUUUUCAUUGUCUAGAUUCCCUCUAGAGCUUUACCUUUCUCCUCUACAGCCAUGUGCUCCGCCGACAUCUUCCUCGCUUUCCUCGCCGUCCUCUUCCCCCCACUGCCUGUCUGGGUCAAGUGCGGAAUCUGCAGCGCAGACUCUCUCAUCAACAUUCUGCUCUGCGUCCUCGGAUACAUCCCAGGUCUCCUCCACGCCUGGUACAUCAUUGCCAAAUUCCCCGAGCCGCCCUACGAGUACGAGGCCGUCCCGAAUGAUCGCGAGGGCGGUCGUGUUACCUACGUCUACGUCCAAUGCCCACAAGGCCAACACCAGACUCAGAACCAGCAGCCCAAGCUUCAGCCUCAACCCCAGAACGGUGGCAACAACAUGAACUACGGCACGCAGAACGCCUCCGCCUCGAGCCAGGCUCGACCUGCCCCUCAGCAGCAGGGUGCCACAGAUGCUGGCGAGGGCAGCUCUGAUAAUCACGGAGUCCCCCCUUCAUACGCCGAGGUCGUCGCUGGGGACCACAAGGUUCAGUCGAGGGAUUAGAUGCUCAACUGGAUAUCGAAUUGAACGGGUUGACGGGGUGACUUGCAAAGCCCGUCUCUGUCACCACCCAAGGAACUUGAGCUGCUUUUGCAGACCAGCCCUCAACAAUCAAGCGGGUCCUCAACCAAGGACCUCAGGUGAGAUGGCCGAGUUGGUUAUGGCGCCAGGUUAAGGUCACCUUAACAACCUACAAUUCCUGGUGGAGCAAUCCUCCUGGGUUCGAGUCCCAGUCUCAUCAGAUCAUUUCUUUUUUUGCGUCUCUCCACGAUUUUUGUUUCGGUUGCAAGUUUUGUGGGAGUGGGUGGCAACCUUGUUGUGUAAGAAUUGUGUGGUUGUGGGAACGGAAAUGAUGCCUACGAACACAGAAGUCUCUUUUUUUCCCUCGACGGAGGGGAAUUAUAAUCGGAGUUUAGGGGCAUGAAUCUUGUGUUUUGCACUGGAGGAUAUAAGGACUGUUGGCGUUGGACGAAGCAUGUGUACCUUUCGCAUAGUUUAUUGUGCCCAGACUUAAAUUCCAUUGAUUUAAAAUCUUGGU